AUGGAACUACGUUCACGUCUUGUUUCUACAGGUUCCACCCGGCUGCUGACUUUACCACCUAUCUCCGAGAGCGAGUCCAGCUCCUGGCACACUUACAACCUGGAGGUCAAAGGUCACACGGGCAGUGUCGAGGUCUUCUCCAACUCGACACAGCUGCACUUCGACCCCAAAGUCCUCUCCACCUUCGUUCAGACGGACAAAGCGAACUAUCGACCCGGGCAGGAGGUGAAGUUCAGAGUUGUGUCCGUUCACCCCGACGGGAAACCCUUCAGGAGCCCGGUGGACAUCGUGGUCAGAGGUCCGAGAGGGAACCUGCUCAGACAGUGGCUGGCUGUGGACAGCGUCCUCGGGGUCGUGUCCAAACACUUCCAGCUGUCUGGAAACCCGCCUCUGGGUAAAUGGACCAUCGGCACCACAGUGGGAAGUGUUUCCAGUGAGAAGUGUUUCCACGUGGUCUCUUACGCUCCGAAAGUGCUUUUCCGUGAGGACUCGCUGUGGGGCUCCGUCGCAGCGCAGUACGUGUACGGCAAGCCCGUCCAGGGAUACAUGAACAUAACGUUCAUCCAUAAAUUUCAUGGUAUAGAAGAGGCUUAUUAUGAAGGCAGAGAGAUCGACGGCACCGCAGACUUCAUGUUUGACGUUCCCGACUACAGCUACCGCAGAAUGAGCCAACAAGUGUAUAACGGAGACACGGACGAUGAGUGUCUGAACAUUGAGGUCCAAUACAACAAUCAGCCGCUGUCAAUGGAGGAUCAACGAAAGACCGUUCAGGUGUCGGUGAUGCAGGGAAAGCAAAGUCCGUUGAGUUGGAUAAUGGACAAGGAGGAAGACAUGGGGCCUCGUCGAUCAAACGCUGUCGGGGCCUUCAGGACGGGAGCAUUCCCCUUCAGAGGAGAUGAUGCCGAAACAAUGGAGUUUCCUGUCCCUGCAGACGGAUGCAUACCCCUCAACAUCCAGCUCAGGAAUGAAACUCAAACACUCACCAUUGAUGCUUAUUUUGAGGACAGCCAUACCACUCUACAACUCUAUAGAAGCUACACUUCCCCCAGUCACUCCUACGUGCAGAUUCAAAAACCCAAACCUCCAAAGGUUGGUUCACCCCUGCAGCUGCACAUUGAGAGUAAUUUUCCAAUGACUGAGAUCCAUUACAUAGUCAUUUCCAGGGGUCAGGUGGUUUCUGCUGGGAAAAGCUCUGGUGAUCUAGUUCUGGUCCCAGAAGUCACCUGGGCUCCUCUGGCCUGCAUCAUCGUCUACUGUGUACUUCCAUCUGGAGAGAUCGUCAACGACGUGAUGCGUCUACCCGUCACCCACACUUUACAAAACCAGGUGUCUGUGAGCUGGAGCGACACGAAGAGGAAGCCAGCUGACGAGGUCACACUGAGGUUUGCGGUGGCGGAGCACGCCUCUAGGCUCGGGAUCCUCGUGGUCGACAAGGCGACAAAGUUGAUGGGAUCACACAAUGACAUCACCAUGGGGGCGGUGCUGAAGCAGAUGAAUAUGGAAUAUGGCGUUUCCACGGCCGACGCCUACUCUGACAAGAUGACAAGGGGAGAUCCGUACUCCGUCUUCAAGACAUGUGAUCUUGUGGCAUUGACUGAUGCCAAUUUACACACGAUGGAACAUCUGCUGAAGCCUGCAUUUCCAGGGGAGGGGGUGAUGCAUAUAUUGUCCGAGACAGACGGUCCAAAUAUGGAGCAACAGCAGGACCCAAGAGAGCGCUGGAACUUUCCAGAGACCUGGAUAUGGAUGGACACCAACACGGGUGAUUCAGACUCGGCAGAGAUAACUCUGACUGUACCAGACAGCAUUACAACCUGGAUAGCCACCGCCUUCGUCAUAUCUGAGAACCUGGGUCUGGGCAUCGUGGAGAUGCCUGCAGAGCUCACGGUGUUACAGGAUUUCUUCCUGUCCUUGAACCUGCCGGCCUGCAUCGUCCGAGGAGAGGAGCUGCUGCUGGAGGUCCUUCUGUUCAACUACCUCCCACAGGACCUGGAGGUCACGGUGAUUGUUCCACAGAGUGACAGCUUUGAGUUUGUCUUUCCGGACAAUGAGGAGCUCUCUGUGCCCAGUGUUCGCCGGGUGCCUGUGGGGAGUCAGAGCGGAGCAUCCGUCCUCAUUCCCAUCCGGCCGCUGGUCCUCGGAGAGAUCGUCGUCUCUGUCAAAGCCGUGUCGUCUGGGGCGUCCGACGUCGUGCGCAGGACUGUGAUCGUCAAGGCCGAAGGACGUGAGCAGUCGUUCUCCGCCUCGCUGCUGUUUGAGGUUUCUCCUCUGCAGAUGAGCCUUUCCAGAGAAGUCAGGUUCACCUUCCCGGCAGAUGUCGUGGAGGGCAGCGAGAGAGCUUCAGUGACGGCUGUCGGGGACAUCCUCGGCCCGUCCAUCAGCGGCCUGGGCUCUCUGAUCCGGCUGCCGUACGGCUGCGGGGAGCAGAACAUGAUCAACUUUGCACCGAACAUCUACGUCCUGCAGUAUCUGAGCGCUGUGGGACAGACGCAGCAGCAGACCACAGACAGAGCCACAGACUACAUGAUGAAGGGUUAUGAGCGAGAGCUGUCCUAUCAGAGAGCCGACGGCUCCUUCAGUGCCUUCGGAGACCGUGACACGUCGGGCAGCACCUGGCUCUCAGCGUUCGUGCUGAGGUGUUUCCUGCAGGCGCGGCCGUUCAUCAGCAUCGACGCCCACGUGCUGCAGACAGUCGCGGCCUGGUUAGGAGCCCAGCAGGGGGCUGAUGGGAGUUACCAGGACCCCGGCCGCGUCAUCCACACCGAGCUUCAAGGAGGCCUCGAGGGCAUCGUCUCCCUCACUGCCUACGUCGUCAUCGCCCUCCUGGAAGACAACGACAUCAGGGCUCAGUACGGCGGCCAGGUGUCUGCGGCCCUGAUGUUCCUGGAGACCCGUCUGGCUCUCGGGGUCUCCAGUAACUACAGCCUCAGCCUGCUCGCCUACGCGCUGGCUCUGUCCGGCAGCCCCAGCGCUGACAUGGCUCUCAGCGAGCUGAUUGGGAGAGCUGAGAUAACAGACGGCGUGCCGAUGUGGUCGUCGUCUGACGUCGGCCUGUCGUCCUCGUGGCAGCCUCGCUCUGCAGACAUCGAGAUGGUUUCCUACGUGCUGCUCACGCAACACACGCUGCGUCUCAUCGUCGAGGGGCUCGGCCUCAUGAAGUGGCUCGGACAACAGCGGAACAACCAGGGAGGAUUCGGGAGCACUCAGGACACAGUCGUGGCUCUGCAGGCCUUGUCCAAGUUCGCAGGUGUCACGUCUCGCGACUUCGACCUGAACAUCGCAGUGAAAACGGACGCGUCGACCACCGUCGCCUCCUUCCACAUCCACCAGGACAACUACCUGCUGCAGCAGAGCCAGCAGAUGGUUUCAUUUCAGGUGGAACCUGCGCAGGAGCUGCACCUGCAGGUGUCUGCAGAAGGUCGGGGACUCGCUCUGUUUCAGCUCAACGUGUUUUACAACAUCAGAAACGAGGCGCUGGCGAGGAGGAGGCGGGACGCCGGCGAACACGAGGCGUUUGAUCUGCACGUCGAGCUGUUUGACACUGGAGCACACGGAGCACACCUGUACAUCUGCUGCAGUCUGUCACAAGACCUGGGUCUGAACGCGACCGGCAUGGCCGUCAUGGAGGUGGGUCUGCUGAGCGGCUUCAGCCUGCAGCAGGACGCCAUCAACACCGACGAGGUCGUGAAGAAAGUGGAGACGGCGCCGGGGAAAGUCGUCCUGUACCUGGACUCCGUGACGACAGAAGAAGCGUGUUUCCUGAUUCCUCUCGUCGUGGAGUUUAAAGUCGGCAACGUCCAGGAAGCAAAUGUUGAACUCUAUGAUUAUUAUGAAACAAGACGCAGGGGCGAGGCCACAUAUACAUCAGGAUGGAGGGAACACAUGUCCAGCUGCUACUUCUGCGGCGAGGACUGCAGUCAGUGCACGUCAGACCAACAUUACGACUCCAGCGUUUUGUCACACGGCAGCACAAACGUCCUGAUGGCCAGUCUGUCUCCUGCUCUGCUCCUCCUCCUCCUCCUCAUCGUCAUCUUCGGCGUGUAAAAAGGCUCCAACAGCUGCUGGUUCUGCUUUGUAGAAGUCUGAAGAACUGCUUCGGUGUGACCUUUGUUUACAUACAUUGUGUGACAUGGUUUUUAAAACGUCUCCUGGUAAAUCUGCAGUUUAGUUCAGAAACAGAUCAGCUGCAGCGAACUGAUGCACGUUGUGAAUGAACCGUUAAUGACAGUUAUGAAGUCUUAUGGUGAUAUGUGUGUUUUAUGUUAACAUGAGAAGUGACAAAUAGUCUCGUAGUGCUAAACAAACUGAAUGGACAGCAGCUCUGCAGCCUUUCAGCCUCUUU